AUGGAUUCGUGGCUUGCACCUGCUGUUGUGGUUGCGAUUAUUUACCUGCUGUGUGGCGGCCGAUGGACCUUUGUGCUCCUUGCGUCGGUUGCAUAUCUUUUGUCCUCGAAGCGGCACAUAGAAGAGCCGGAGACCAAAGAUGUUGCCGAAUCAAGACCCUCAAAGACUCAUGCCUGCAAAUGCGGAGGGGGUGGAUGUUGCCAAUCUAAAAAACAGCCUUCGGCCGAGGAGCCACCGUCCGAGUAUGAGAUCGAUUUCACUUACUCGUUCAAAGACACCGAGCCGGCGGUGGACCUGAAGCGUGCGCCAAAGAUCAUCCGUGCAAACAAGAGUGAGUCUAAACCCGUUUCUUCUCCGUUUCUAAUUUUUUAUUCGAGUCUGACAGGGUCUUCUAAGAGGGCCGCUGAAAAGGUGUGCGACGCGCUGCUCGCUGCUAGUAAACAGGCCCGGUUGCUGAAUUUGGACGAUGAUGUUGACGAUUUGGAUUCUUUUUUCUUGAAUGUCCCCACCGGACCCCCACCGAAUUAUAUUUUAGUUCUUCCCUCUUACGAUACAGACUCACCAAUAGACUAUUUCCUUGAGUUUUUGCAAGACACAGCCACGGAUUUCCGGGUGGACAAGUUUCCACUGCGGAAGGUCGCCGGCUUCAGCGUUUUGGGAAUCGGCGACUCAGAAUCUUGGGCUUCCCACUUCUGCACCCAAGCCGUGGCUGCAGAUAAGUGGCUUUCGAAACUCGGUGCUCGGAGAACUUUUCCUCUUGGAAAAUUGUGCAUUAAAAGAGACUUUGAGACCAAGUUGCAAACCUGGAUCGAUGGGCUGAUUGAUUCUAUCGACCACCCUAUCUUGGAUGAGUCCAAUAGUGACUCCUCGGACGAUGAAACUCUUGUGGAUGUUGAAGACUUGCUUCCAAAAACAGAUACCAAAAAAAUGGUGGCAGAUGGCUCUCCAACAUACAAGUCGCUCACCAAACAGGGCUACUCUGUCAUUGGCUCCCAUUCGGGAGUUAAGAUUUGUCGUUGGACCAAGUCGGCUCUGCGUGGCCGUGGUUCUUGCUACAAGUUUGCCUUUUAUGGUAUCAAGUCUCAUCUUUGCAUGGAAACCACCCCAUCUCUGUCGUGUUCGAACAAGUGUGUUUUCUGCUGGAGACAUGGAACAAACCCUGUUGGAACCACUUGGAGAUGGGAGGUUGACGAACCGGAAGUGAUUGUGGAAGGAGCUCUACAGGCCCACUACAAGAAGAUCAAGCAAAUGAGAGGAGUUCCUGGAGUUUCUGCUGACAGAUUUGCAGAAGCGUUCCAAGUCAGACAUUGUGCCUUAUCUUUGGUGGGGGAGCCAAUUUUCUACCCCCACAUCAACCGUUUCUUGAACCUUCUUCAUGAAAAGUUAAUCUCCUCCUUCUUGGUCUGCAAUGCCCAGCACCCAGACCAGCUGGCCACUUUGAAAAAGGUUACUCAGUUGUACGUUUCUAUUGAUGCUCCUACGAAGGAGGAGCUUAAGGUUGUCGAUAGACCACUGUACAGAGACUACUGGGAAAGACUGGAGAGAUGUUUAGAAAUUUUGAGGACGGUCCAGUCGCAUCAAAGAACUGUUUAUAGAUUGACGCUCGUGAAGGGAUUCAACAUGAGCGACGCAACCGCAUACGCUGAUCUCGUUGCCAAGGGCGAGCCAUGCUUGAUUGAAGUGAAGGGAGCCACGUUUUGUGGUUCGAGUGCUGGGAACGGCAACCCGCUCACUAUGCAAAAUAUUCCAUUCUAUGAAGAGUGUCAGAACUUUGUUCGCAAACUCACGGCAGAGCUCAAGUCAAGAGGGCUUGACUAUGAUCUUGCUGCCGAACAUGCUCAUUCAUGUUGCAUUUUGAUUGCACACCGCAAAUUCUUCAUCAACGGCCAAUGGCACACUCAUAUCGACUACCCGAAAUUUUUCAAGUUGCUUGAGUCUGGCCAGUCAUUUAAUGCGUUGGACUACACUGCUCCUACCCCUGAGUGGGCGUACUGGGGUUCGUCUGAGGCUGGAUUCAAUCCAGAAGACACAAAGUUCAACCGCAAGCAGGAGAAGGAGAAACGUCAGCAGAAUAUGUAG